UCCAUGGCCUCCAGGUAGCUGCAGACUGGGGUCUGGGCCCGCUGCGUCCAGAAAAGCAGAGAAGCGCCCAGCCCAAUGAUAUACCGGGUAGAUGCAACCAGUCAAGACUCUAGAUCCUUAUCCCCGUUUCAGACAGAGUGUUUUACCCUUGGCUGGAUUCUCCCUCCAUGAAGAUGUCCCAGUCUUCCUCAGCAGAUGAAGGAACCACGUUUGAACACCUCUGGAGUACUCUGGAGCCAGACAGCACAUACUUUGAUCUCCCCCAGUCUAGCCAAGGAGGCAGUGAGGUGGUGGCUGGUGGGACUGUGGUCAGCAUGGAUGACUUCCACAUGCAGAGCAUGAAUGAGUCUGUCAUGUCCCAGUUUAAUCUGCUCACCAACACCAUGGAUCAGAACAGCAGCAGCCGCGCGGCCUCCACCAGCCCCUACAAUCCAGAGCACUCCGCCAGCGUCCCGACACACUCUCCCUACUCCCAGCCCAGCUCGACGUUUGACACCAUGUCCCCUGCGCCUGUCAUCCCUUCCAACACGGACUACCCCGGCCCCCAUCACUUUGAGGUCACUUUCCAGCAGUCCAGCACCGCCAAGUCGGCCACUUGGACAUACUCGCCAUUGCUGAAGAAACUGUACUGCCAGAUCGCCAAGACGUGCCCCAUCCAGAUCAAGGUGUCGACGCCCCCUCCGCCUGGCACCGUCAUCCGGGCGAUGCCUGUCUACAAGAAAGCAGAGCACGUGACCGAGGUGGUGAAGCGCUGUCCCAACCACGAGCUCGGCAGAGACUUCAAUGAAGGACAGUCAGCCCCUGCAAGCCACCUCAUCCGAGUGGAAGGCAGCAACCUCUCUCAGUAUGUGGAUGACCCUGUCACUGGGAGACAGAGUGUGAUGGUGCCAUACGAGCCACCCCAGGUCGGGACAGAAUUUACCACCAUCCUGUACAACUUCAUGUGCAACAGCAGCUGUGUGGGAGGCAUGAACCGGAGGCCCAUUCUCAUCAUCAUCACGUUGGAGACUAGAGACGGGCAGGUUCUGGGCCGGAGGUCAUUCGAGGGGAGGAUCUGUGCCUGUCCUGGCAGAGACCGGAAAGCAGAUGAGGAUCAUUACCGGGAGCAGCAAGCCCUGAACGAGAGCGCAGCCAAGAAUGGGAACGCUACCAAGCGCACAUUCAAGCAAAGCCCACCUGCCAUCCCUGCCCUGGUGGCCAAUGUGAAAAAGAGGAGACAUGGGGAUGAGGAGAUAUACUAUAUGCCUGUGCGUGGCCGAGAGAACUUUGAGAUACUGAUGAAAAUCAAAGAGGGCCUAGAACUUAUGGAGCUGGUGCCUCAACAACUGGUUGACUCCUAUCGGCAGCAGCAGCAGCAGCUCCUACAGAGGCCGAGUCACCUGCAGUCUCCCUCGUCCUACGGCCCAGUCCUCUCACCGAUGAACAAAGUCCACGGUGGAAUCAACAAACUGCCUUCAGUCAACCAGCUGGUGGGGCAGCCUCAGCAGCACAGCUCUGCUGGAGGGUCCAAUCUGGGGCCCAUGGGCCCUGGAAUGCUGAACAGCCACAGUCAUCCCAUGCAGUCUAACGGUGAAAUGAAUGGUGGCCAUUCCUCACAGUCCAUGGUCUCAGGGUCACACUGCACUCCUCCUCCCCCGUACAAUGCUGACCCCAGCCUCGUCAGUUUUUUAACAGGAUUGGGGUGUCCAAACUGCAUCGAGUAUUUCACAUCCCAAGGGCUGCAGAACAUUUACCACCUGCAGAAUCUAACUAUAGAGGAUCUUGGGGCCCUGAAGAUUCCUGAUCAAUACAGAAUGACCAUCUGGAGGGGUCUUCAGGAGCUGAAGCAGAGCCAUGACUAUGGGGCCCAGCAGCUUAUCCGCUCGAGUAGUAACGCUUCCACCAUCUCCAUCGGGAGCUCGGGGGAGCUCCAGCGCCAGCGCGUGAUGGAGGCUGUGCAUUUCCGAGUCCGCCACACAAUCACUAUCCCCAACCGCAGCGGGGCGGACGAGUGGGCAGACUUUGGCUUUGACCUCCCUGAUUGCAAAUCCCGCAAACAGUCCAUUAAAGAAGAGUUCACAGAUGGGGAGAUCAACUGAGGAUGGGGAAGGGAAGGCUGGGGGAGAUCCAGGAGGCGCUUCCCAAGGGGUAAGGUCCCCCAACCAGACUGGCUUCCAAAGGAAACACUCAAAAAAAAGAAAAGAAAAGAAAAACUCCAGGUAUGGGAGAUGGUGAAGAGUUCACAGCCUUAAGCCCCUGGAGAAGGUUUUGCUUUUUUUUUCUUUCAUUUUUUGUUCCCAGGACUGGAAUUUUGAGCUAUAAGCAGCUCAGGGCCAGCCAGGGUGGUAUGUCCAUCUGCUGGGCCCCUCUUCCAGGAAAACAUUUCUGAUGUCCUUCAAUUUGGGAGAGUUGCAAGGGAGAGGGUAGAAGCAGCCCAUUCAGGAUGGGCAGUCUGAAUAUUCUGUAGAUAUUUUGUAGUCUUGCACAGACUUAUUUUGUGUGUCCAAUCGAUUAAUUGUACAGUACAUGUCACACAUACAAAAAUGAGGGACAGUGUCUUUCUCUGGCCUCUACCCUCCUUCUAUCCACUCAGAAGUAUCUGAAUGGGGAAGAUUAGUGUCAUCAUGAAAACUGACUUGAAAUCUUUUGCAUCUCAGCUUCUGUAGGGAUUCUGCCAGCUUUCAGACCCUUUGUAACAAGGGGAUCUGCUUCCUGAUGGACUGCCAAAAAAAAAAAAAAAAGUAUUUUUCAACAUCCUUCAGUUCUCCACAAAGAAGCUUGACUGCGUCAUUGUAUUUCAAAUGCUGUCUGUGUACAUGUGAGCUCGCCCCCUGCAUCUGCUGUAUAAAGGAAAUCAUUGAUUUUUUCAAGCCCAUUUUCAAAGUGGCUUACUCAUCCCCUACUAAUGAGGGCCGAUCAAGGCCAUUCUCUUAGCCAGUUUGAGGGUGAAUCAGUUCCAUUCAGAAGCUGUGGCCAGUUUGGCCAAGAAUCAGAUAGUCUUUUUAGAAUUUGCUCAUUUCCUCCUGUACUCUGGCUUCCUUCUUUUCCACCCCGAACUCCCUGAUCCCCCCCUCCCAGCCCCCACGAUGUGGUUUCUUUCCAUUUGGAGUCUGAAUUCAGCGGGGAAAGAUGGGUUUGCUGAAGUGCUCAGUCUUUCCUGGGAAACUGACCACCACAUUGGAAUGCUGUGGCUUCAAAAUUUGACAUUCAGGUGACCUCUGCUCAGCACAGAGAUGGACAGUGUAUUUCUCACGCUGUUGAUAUUUGUUCAUAUUUGAUAAAGUGAAACAUUCUUCCACAUUGAAGUUCAGGGUUUGGUUUUUUUUAAAUGUUUCAUUUUCAACAUGUGAAGGUCUCAUGCCCAGCUUUUCAGCAGGUUUUCAGCCAACAAGAUGAACUAAAGAAGGGCUGAUCCAGUCAAACAUGCCACCAGUUUAUAGGGGUCUUUUGGAAGGUCUGAAAAUACAGUCCUGAUCCUGAGUCAGAGUUCUGCAAGUCAUAUACAGAAAGGGCAAUUACAUGUUUGCAACUGAGGGAUCUGGUCUGGGCAUUCUUUUCCAUAUAUGACCCUGGACAAGUAACUUAACCUCUCAAUGCUAUUUGUAGUUCUCCAAGAUUGUAACUUGCAAAGAAGGUGCCAACCUGCAUUGGAGGAGGGAGUGUCCUCAUCUGGAAGUUCCCUGUACCACUGACCUCAUGGGUCUGGUCUCUGUUCCUAUUUUCUUUUUUGGGAAUAGCUUCACUCCAUCAUCUGUGGCCAUUUGGCUUGGUGGGUGGGGAGAAUUUGGGUGGGGUAUGUAUGAAGAGGUGGAGAAUCAGAGAAGAAACAAAAAUUAGGUGUGAUAUACCAAGGAGUAUUUUAACUCACUAAAACACUGAUCCAGAUAUUCAUCCCCCAAGAGGUCCCUCCUAGGACAAUUCAUUCAUUCAGUCCCUCAGUAAGCAUUUAUUAAAGCUCUAUAUGUUGUGAAUAACAGACUCCGAAAGAGAAAAAUCCAUUCCCUCAAGCAGAACAUAUUUGCAGAUAACAACAAUUCACACAGCCUAAUCCUAGGUUAACCAGCACAUUUCUUGCUAAGUGACUCAGAGAAGUUCUUAUCCUUUUUCUCAUCGUGAAACCCUUGGGCAGUCUGGUGAAACCUAUGGACCCCUUUCUCAGAUUCAUGUUCUUAAAUGCUUAUAAUAAGAUCCGUAGGAUUGCAAAGAAAAUGAAUAAUAUUGAAAUAAGAUUAUCAAAAUAUUUUUAAAAGCACAAACCCACAGAACCCAGGUUAAGAACUACUGGACUAGACAAAGUUAUGUUUUCUGUCUUAUGAGACAAAGUUCAGCUGAUUAAAUGGGUCAUCUGAAUUUCAGGGAGGUUACAACUAGGCUGAUUUCUUUAAAAUUUCUUUAAAAAGAUUUUUCUCCCUGUGCCUUGGUGUGUGUAUGGGAGGGUGGAGGGGCAGUUUUCAUACGAGUACCUGGUACUAUACCUGGAAAUUUGCCUUCCUGAGCCCUGAAUUCAAAUGCAUGAGAAAAGAUUAAAAUGAAGCCACUCCUUCAUCAUCAGAGGCAACUCCUUUGCUGGGGUGUCAAUCCAAGGUCGAGAACAAAUCUUUUUAAAGAGCUCAAAUCAACACCUUUCCCAAAUUCUACAUUUUAGCACUGUGAUUGCAAAGGCUCUCUAUCACGUUUAGGUACCUUGUUGAAUGAAAUAAUGAAAGGGGGGGGAGGAAUUUGGGGGUCACAGAAAAAAAGGGAGAAAUAAGCACUCUUCUGGCUAUGAGGUAGGAAGACCAAGGUUCGUUUGCUUUGGGUGAUUGAUUAGAAAAGGAGAGGGUAGGGCUAAGAUUGUCCAGAGUUCACCUUGGUUCCUCAAGUAUUGCAGGUAACGAGCAUUUAUUAAGUGUUUAGUGUGUACUAGGCUCUGUCUUAGUCUAGGCACUAGCUCCAAGACCGUCCCUCAGAAUCUCAGUAGGUACUGAGUUCACCAAUUUCCCAUCUAUUAAAGUUUCACCAAAGGCCACUGAAGCAUAUUUCCUUUCAAAAAGAAAAAGGGCCUGAAUUGGCCAUACAUGGUGGCAUUAACGCAGACCAUUGGAUGCUCUUCUGCUGAGAACAGUCAUUUCGUCGAGAUUUACCCAUCAGGCACCCAGUGACAUCACCUUUAGGAACUGAACUAGAACCAGCCACAGGGACGGGUACGAGUUCUGUAGUGGGGGGGGGGGGGAUUAGAACUCUCCAGUGUUUUGGUUACACAGACACAUGCUUCUAUGUUAGUAGCAAAUUAAAGCACUUUAAAUGCUUUAAGACUUAUAAAAAAAUCAUUCAUGUUUUCAAUGUUAUAUCACGCUUCUUCAGGCAGUAUUACUGGAUCUAUUCCAACAAUAUUGUUAACUU